AUGGAGCAGGUAUGGCUCAACCUGGACUAUCUCCUGGAUUUCGGCAUCGCACACAAUUCCAGGAAAUGGAGAUUUUUCUCGCAUGUAGAGCACCGUGUCGCUGUAGAUGACGUCGCCCAAUGGCUGAUACCAGAGGCCGGGUCACACGUGUGCGUCGGAUUUGGCAACUGGAGCCAGAGCGACAACAUCAAAGGAGGGCCAAAACCCCCGUUGAGACCUCUCGAGAAGGCUAUGAGGAAGAGAGCGAUAGUGGUCAAGGUGCACGAGUUCAGGACGAGCAAACUGUGUUCCGCCUGCUACCAACCUAUGAAGAUGGCCCUGGACGCCGACGAAAGACCUCUCUACUACGAUCGAUCCGUAUUGCGUUGUGCCAACAAGAACUGCAAGAAAAACUUUCUGAACAGAGACGUCAACGCCGCCGUCAACAUGCAAGCCCUGCUUAUGGCGCGACGGCAAGGUUUACCGCGUCCCGCCGAGUUCGUACGGCAAUGA